UUGCUGCAACACAAAAGUUACAUUAACAAGUCCCAGUAGUGAGUAUGCAGAGCAGUUGAUGCAUAACCACGAUUAUCACAAUUAAUACAAUCAUUUACUACUAUCAUUUGAUUUUUCUUUAUUGGAUCGUUUUCUUAUUUUCCUUUAAUUUGUGUAUCCCGCCGGCACAGCCCUUUUUUAUACACAGAACCUACGUUCAUCACCCCUUUCCCUUCUAUUUCAAAUAUUAAUUUUCUUAACCUUCAUUUCUAUCUCUUAAUUCUGUUUCUCUGAAUCUCAAACCCGUAGAGCCCUAGAUUGUGGUGGUGGUGUUUGUAAUUGGCGUGCGAUACAUGAUGCUGCUUCGCCUUUGCCAUUCAAUGGCAGUACCUUUCCCCAUACAUCUACGGCGAGCGGCGUCGCCGUGGCUCUGCCGCUCUCCUUCAUAUCAUUUCCUAUUCUCCGUCUCUGCACAUCGUCAGACCACCAUUUCCGCCCUUCCCUUCUCAUCCUGCAAUCAUCAACUAUCUUCUUCCUCCGACCUCGCGGAUGAUAUCCCCUCUAAACAAGGUCCUUUAAAGCCAGGAUUGUAUCUUGUUGGCACGCCGAUCGGGAAUCUUGAAGAUAUAACUAUAAGAGCCUUAAGAGUUCUGAAAUCUGCUGAUGUCAUACUUUCGGAGGAUACAAGGCAUUCAGGAAAGUUGCUUAUGUAUUAUAGCAUUAGAACUCCACUUUUAAGCUAUCACAAAUUCAAUGAGUCUCAACGAGAACAAGUUGUGCUGAAGAGAUUACUAGGUGGAGAAAUUGUGGCACUGAUAAGUGAUGCUGGGAUGCCAGGAAUCAGUGAUCCUGGUAUGGAGCUGGCCAAGUUGUGCAUAGACAAAAAUAUACCUGUCAUUCCUGUCCCUGGUCCAUCUGCUGUGGUAGCAGCUCUUUCUGCAUCUGGUUUGCCAACUAAUGAGUUCACAUUUGUUGGCUUUCUCCCUAAACAUGCCACUACAAGAAGAGAGAGGCUCAUGGUUUCUGCUAAUAGUGCAACCACUCAGGUCUUUUUUGUUCCUCCUCAUAAGCUCAGUCAGUUUCUAGAGGAGUCAUCUUCUAUCUUUGGAAACUCAAGGCGUUGUGUCAUUGCUCGGGAGAUGACCAAACUACAUGAAGAAUUCUGGAGGGGUACUCUAGAGGAAGCCAACGAAGCAUUCUCAACCCACCAACCAAAGGGUGAAAUCACACUGAUGAUUGAAGGGAUGAUAAGCGAGGAUGACCAACUCUCCAAUUCUCAACUGGAAAACAAGUUGGGAGAAUUAAUUUCCAAAGGACAUAGUCUAUCCACGGCAGUCAAAGUGGUGGCAUCUAGCACAUCUAUGAAAAGAAAAGCAAUAUAUUCUCUAGCGCUUGAGAAAUAUGGGAACCAAUGUUCAGAAGAGAAAAAUUGAUGUAAGAUGGUGAGUCCUCAGGUGACUUUUAAAAGAAGUGCUAAUUUGUUUCUAGGAAUGUUUUAUGAUAUUGAGAGGAUUCCAUUGCCUGUCUAGAACCCAUGCCUAGCUGAUUUGCUGUCCUUUAUAAAUGCGUUACUUGAGAGAGUAGUUGGCUCUCGAAUUACUGGCUUCAGGAAACAAGAUGACACAUAUGGACUAUAAUCUCAAUUCCUUUGUCAAUUACUAACAA